CACUUCUACUCCACAAAACCACCCGCUUGAAUUUGUGUGGCAAAGGAAGAGAUAGACCUUUUCCUUUGAAAAAUCUCAGACCCAAACAAAUUCCUCUCAUUCUUCCCCAUUAUCACACACAUUCACUCACAAAGCUCAAGCUCUUUCAGCUCCAGCUAGCCAUGGCCAACACGAUCAUGGCAUCCACAAAACCCCUCUUCCCUUCCCUCUCCUUCACCACACCCACAUCAUCCUCUUCUUCCUCUCCCAGAGUCUCCCUCCCCAAAUUCCAAACCCCCAAAAUCUCAAAGACCCAGUUGCUAUCCCUCUCUUCCUCCACUCUCAAAUCCCUCUCCCUCCUCGCAGCCACUUCACUCACGCUUGCCCCUCCAUCGUUGGCCGCGGAAAUCGAAAAGGCCGCUCUCUUCGAUUUCGAUCUGACUUUGCCCAUCAUUGCCGCUGAGUUCCUGAUUCUCAUGGUGGCCUUGGACAAGAUUUACUACACUCCUUUGGGGAAAUUCAUGGACGAGAGGGACGCCGCCAUUAGAGAGAAGCUGAACAGCGUGAAGGACACCUCGGAGGAGGUGAAGCAGCUGGAGGAGCAGGCCGCCGCCGUGUUGAGGGCGGCGAGGGCCGAGAUAUCAGCGGCUCUGAACGCCAUGAAGAAGGAGACCCAGUUGGAGGUGGAGCAGAAGCUGGCCGAGGGAAGGAAGAAGGUGGAGGCUGAGUUGCAGGAAGCGUUGGCCAAUUUGGAGCAGCAGAAGGAGGAGACCAUCAAAUCUCUGGAUUCCCAGAUUGCUGCUCUCAGCGAUAACAUCGUCAAGAAGGUUCUUCCUAUUUAAUUUUUUUUUUUUAAAUAUUCUACAAGUUUUAAUUUUUGUAGGGUGGGACGAAAUUGGGAAGUUAUAAUAUUUGUAAGUUAUCAAAUAUGAAAUGCAUGAUUUAUGUAUAAUCAGAAAAUGUAAAGAUACUUGAUAUUC